GAGAACAAAUUGGAAAUAUGUGUUGGCCCAGCCCAAAAUCUCACUCAUCCUUCUCCUCCGUUAAACCCUUUCCUCCCACACAGCCGCAUCGCAGCCGGAGGGGAGAAGGCGGCGGCGAGGCGACGAAAGCAAGCAAGCCAUGGUGGUCCGGAUCCGGCUGGCGCGGUUCGGGUGCCGGAACCGGCCCUUCUACCGGGUGAUGGCCGCCGACAGCCGCUCCCCGCGGGACGGCAAGCACCUGGAGGUCCUCGGCUACUACAACCCGCUCCCAGGGCAGGAUGGUGGCAAAAGGAUGGGUCUGAAAUUCGACCGGGUCAAGUACUGGCUGUCAGUUGGGGCACAACCAUCAGAUCCUGUGCAGCGUAUUCUGUUUCGGGCUGGACUUCUUCCACCACCUCCAAUGCUAGCUAUGGCCAGGAAGGGUGGGCCUCGUGAUAGGCACCCCAUUCAUCCAAUGACUGGGCGCCCCUUGGAUCUUGAGGGCGUCACAGUUGUUGAUGACUCCAAUGUUCCUGAAGGCGAUGCUGAAGAACCUUCAAAUGAGGUGGCUUCAUAAGUCUUCUGUUUUAGCGUACGAAAAUGAUGCUGAUUUUUCUAUUUUAGCAUAUGUAGUGAUGUUGCAUGAGAAAACUUGUUUGUUGUGCUUAUGGCAAGAUUACGGUACUUGUACAAUAUUGCAAACUUAUGGUCAUGCAAUAUUUCUUCCGUUUUUCCUCUUGAAAAAUUGUUCUGCCAUU